AUGCCUCACGCCCCUGAACUGUCGACGCCGGCCGCGACGUUCACCGCUCUCGAUGAGAAGCUGGAGGAGCCAGAUGUGAAAGCAGCAGCCAGUUUCUCGGACGCCACGUCGAACCUAUCGGCGGAAUCCUUGCCCUACUGGCUGGUCAACGUUCCUCACCAUAAGCGGCCGGCCGAGUGUCCGAGCUUCCUUCUAGGUCAGCCUCCGAAGAACAUCGAGAUCCUCUCGACCCCCGACGACCACUACGAGAAACAGGGGUGGGAUCUGGUGCAGGAGUUCAUCCGAACCAACCGGAUCGAUCGGUUCCAGCGACUCCCCAGCGAUCUACGCAAGUACCUGGAGUACAAGGAGCGGAUUGUGGCCGAGUAUGGGUCCAUCAUGCGGUUUGUGGUCAAGGAGCGGCUACGCUGGGGGGAGGGGAGCGCCGAGGACUUGAAACCGCGAGGGCGGCCCUUUGAAUACGAUGAGGACAUCCGUAUUCUUUUCAAUGACUGGCCGUAUGGGGUCGAAGACGGCAUCGUCCACCUGGUGGUAUGGACCAAGUUCGAGCUGGAAGACGACCCGGCGACGGAUGACUUGACCCCACGCGCCCGCCAGGAGAUUGACGACUACGUGGGCAAGACGUUCCGCUCGCGGGUGCCGGCUGACCAGGUCAUCUGGUUUAAGAACUGGAAGUCGCUCAAGUCGGUCCACGCGGUCGAGCAUUUCCAUGUCAUGCUGCAUCGUCCCGAUCCGGGAUUCCUGCAUGAGAUCACGGGCGGAGAUGUGGCCUUGAUCGACCGGGUUUGA